UUCACUCACCAACUUCCUACAUCUCUUAUUACUCAUUCAUCUGAAAAUUAUAUGUCCUUUAUUCAAACCAAAAAAAAAAAAAAAGAAAAAAGAAAAAUCAGCUAUGGAGAUAGAAUUGGGACUCAAAAUCACCCAAACCAGGGGUGAUCUCACCUCCACGGCUGAUUUUCGGAUUGCAAAAGACCGAGCAGGUCCUGUUUUCUUGUCUAGGGAAAAUGACACCAUGUUCAUUCUCACUGCCCAUCUCAAAGGUUUUAAGAGAGAAAAAAUUGAUAUAAAGAUAAAUGAAGACGGGACAAGGAUUGCGGUGAGUGGGGAGAAACCGGUGCAGGAGAUGGUGAUGAUAGGCUGGGUAGUAUACAAGAAAAGGGUGGAAAUCAGGGGGUUCAGAAAGGUUUUCAAAAUUCCUGAACGGGUGGUUUUAGACCAGAUCAAGGCAAAGUUUAAUGAAGAAGAAUCAUCCUUGACAAUUGUCAUGCCUAAAUUGGACAAAGGAACCCAUGGGGUUGGAAUUGAGGAAGUACAGGAAGAGGAGGUCGAGAGAGAUGGUAAAGGAAAAUUAGAAAUGGAGCAAGUUGUAGCUAAUGAGGCUUUUCAAAAAGACUCUGUUGGAGAAAAAAUUCAGGAGGAACCCAAAGAGCCAAAAAUUCAAAGUAUCGAAGAAACUGGCGGGGUUGUGAAGAAGACCGAUGGAGGGCUCUCAGAAGAGACUGAAAUUGUAGAAGAGAUUAUCAAAAAUGACACUACUGCGGAGAAAUCUCUUGAGAAACCUAGAGAUCCCAAGAUGAAAAGUGAGGAAGAACCUCAUCAAACUGCAGAAGAGGAGGCUGAUAAAGGGGGACUUGAAGCAGCAAAACCUGUUCCCACCGAGUUGCCUAAAAGAGCUGAUGGGGAUUUGAACGCAAAGGUUGGGCAGGAGAAACCAGAUACAGUGCAAACUAUAGCUUAUAAAAGAGAGAAAGAAACUCAACAGGUAGCAGAGACAUCAAAAGAAGCAAAAGAGAUUAAGCAGGUCACAGAGACAUCAGAGAAAGUAAAAGAGAUUACGCAUCAAAGAGAAUUGGAAGAAGCUGCUCCCGAAAAGGUAGAAAAAUACACAGCGGGUGAAUUUGGUCAGGCAGAACAUAAAAUACCUCAAGAAAAGCAAAAGCAGAAACCUGAUCGAGAACCCCAACAAGCAGAAACUCCACAGCAUGAUAAAGAUGAAAUCAAGAAAAGAGAAGAAACUCAUGGCGUAGUAAAUGAAAUUCAAGAAGCAAGAAACAAAAGUUGUCAAGAGAAAGAAGGUGAAUCUUUCAACGAAGAGAAACCGAAAGAGCUUGGUGAGAAAGCAAGUCAGAAAAAGCAGCCCACUCCAGAAAGGUCUAAGCUCUGUACUCCUCUUGGUGCUGCAGGAUCAGCUGUUCUUGUCGCUCUCAUAGUUCUUGUUGUUCAUAGGGUUAGAGCUAAGAAAACAUAAGUAAUGAGCUGUUAUUAUUCCUUUGUUAUUAACGCUAUAAUAAAUUAUUAUUGAAGUUCA